GCGGGUGAAGGUGACUGACAGCAGUUCUUCUCAGCCGGCAUCUCGGUCGGGUCGCUGUGUCCGCGUCUCCCCCCUCCCCGCUAAACGCGAUGUCGGUGUUCGGCGAGGUCCCCCUGGCAGCCCCGGUGGCUGUCUUUAAAUUAACGCAGGACUUCAACAACGACCAAGACCCCAACAAAGUGAACCUCGGGGUGGGAGCUUACAGGACGGAUGAGGGCCGGCCAUGGGUUCUGCCUGUUGUUAAGAAGGUUGAAAAGCUCAUUGUGCACGAUGACAGGCUGAACCACGAGUACCUGCCCAUCCUGGGACUGCCCGAGUUCAGAUCGUCUGCCUCCAAGAUCGCCCUGGGAGAGGACAGCCCGGCCAUCCAGGAGAACAGGGUGGGUGCUGUCCAAUGUCUGGGGGGUACAGGAGCUCUGAAGAUGGGGGCAGAGUUCCUCAGGCGUUUCUACAAUGGAAACAACAAUACCAAGACUCCUGUCUACGUGUCCGCGCCUACCUGGGAGAAUCAUAAUGCUGUUUUUGCCAAUGCGGGCUUUGAGGAUGUCCGUCCAUACAAAUAUUGGGAUGCUGAAAAGAGGGGCUUGGAUCUGAAUGGUUUCCUUGGUGACCUGGAGAGUUGUCCAGAACAUUCCAUCUUUGUUUUGCAUGCCUGUGCUCACAAUCCUACUGGCACAGACCCCACUCAAAAGCAAUGGAAGCAGAUUGCUGAGGUUAUGAUGAGGCGGAGUCUGUUUGUCUUCUUUGACUCAGCCUACCAGGGAUUUGCCUCCGGCAGUCUCGAUAAAGAUGCCUGGGCUGUACGCUACUUUGUCUCCAUGGGCUUUGAGAUGUUCUGCGCCCAGUCAUUUUCCAAGAACUUCGGCCUAUAUAAUGAGCGCGUGGGUAACCUGACCAUUGUGGCUCGGGAUGCCGACAACCUGAAGCGGGUUCUGUCCCAGAUGGAGAAGAUAGUUCGAACCACUUGGUCCAACCCGCCGUCUCAGGGAGCCCGCUUGGUGGCGAUUACACUCAACACACCAGAGCUAUUUGCUGAGUGGAAGGACAAUGUGAAGACCAUGGCAGACAGAGUUCUGUUGAUGAGAGCUCAGCUGAAGGCUAAGCUGAAGGCUUUAGGUACACCAGGGACCUGGGACCACAUCACGCAUCAGAUUGGCAUGUUCAGCUUCACUGGCCUCAACCCCAAACAAGUGGAGUAUAUGGUGAAAGAGAAACACAUCUACCUAAUGGCCAGUGGCCGAAUCAACAUGUGUGGUCUGACUACCAAGAACAUCGACUACGUGGCUGACUCCAUCCAUGAGACUGUCACCAAGGUCCAGUAGAAGACUGUAUUACCCAGAACUCCUUAGCACUUACCCAUGCCCCACCCUUCCCCCAGAGACGGAGGGUUCAUCGGACCAAGCAUGUAGUCUCACCUGCACAAACAUAAACAUACUGCCCCGUUAUCCCUCGUCCUGCAGACCCAAUUUACCACACACUAAAUUCCGCUGGUUCAGUGGCAUUACUUUCUGUAGAUCAUUCCAUUUCAACCCUGUGAGUAACACACAAGAUGGCCGAACUGUUCGUGUGCUCGCGUUUAUAAUUUGUUUCUGUACAGUUUCUCCCCAUGUGAAGAGGUCGGUUUACUUCCUCCAGUGUUUACCUUCUUUAAUCGUAUGUUGCAUUUCAUUGGUGGGCAUUAUGUGGGGCUCGGCAUGCGAUAUUUCACACCAGAAUGGUACGCGGACCAGUGGCUGUUGUAGGAUCGGCUCUGGCGGUACUGCCUCAGUGAUAUUCCAGUGUUUAAAGAUGUAUUGACGUGAGCCAUCCUUGUUGAUUCCCCAUGUUAAAAGCACAUUUACAGUUUCCUAGUGUACUUCCAUUACUUACUUAGAUACUUCAGCAGCUGCAUAUGAUUUCAGAGUUGUCGACGAGAGUUUAAAAACAAUGUUAAUUUCUAAUGAGACCAAGUGACUGUAUAUCAUUUUAUGAAUGAGAUGAAUUAACUGAUCAAUUCAGUUUCACUGAAAACGGGUAUCUGUCUACCACCUCUGACUUGAAGAGACUUACGUGAUGAAGGCGUGACUAACCAUCGUUGGUUGCCAUGGGAGAGGUAAAUAGCAUGUUGAAAUUAAAAUGUCUUCAGAGAUGAAUUAUGUAAUUUGUUAGUGACAAACUGUUUCAGCCGCAGGGGGACUACAGGGCGUUUCUACCGUGUACCUCAGUUUUGAUCUGGAUUUGUGGCGCGCCGUCCUCGGGCGGCUGCUCUGUAAGCCUCGGUGGCUCGGGCUCGAGUUCAGCGAGUGCAGACGGGAGAGAAAACUCUUUUCACAAGAGUCACGAAUCGUGAGUAAUCUCGCCGCACACGCAGUGAGGCUCGGCAUGGGAUAUUUCACACCGGAAUGGUCCGCGGCCCAGUGGCUGUGUUUGGGAUCAGCCCCGGCAGUACUGCCUCGGUGAUAUUCCGGUGUGUAAAGGUGUGUUAAUGUCGCAUGUUAAUGCCGUCGCUGCCUAUUAAUUGUCCGUAGGCUGCUGCCGUGGCGAGCCUGUCAGGAGUCUGCCCAGCGGCUGUUCAGUUUGCACAACAGCUGUGUGUUAACGGCACUAUUGCACUAUUACGCACAACCCAUCUCAGCGACACAAACACUACUGAUCAACCCGUGUGUCUCAGUGGCGCGCACACAGUACACCUGCAGACACAAGUCAUGCGAUGCAACAAACACGGAACAAAUAUGUGGAAUGUCCUCACACGUGGCGAUCUAAUGUGAAACAACUGCUCACAAAUAAAUGUGUAGA